UAUGAGUUAAUCAGAAGUACUUCACCUUGUCGAUGUGAAUAGGUGUUCUAUGGUAAUAGCGUUUUAUGAUCCGUUACUGGUGUAAUAUUUCUAAUUUCACGACUGUCAUUGUGCUUGUGUUAGUGACCAUGUAAAAUCAAACGACUACUAAAUAGAAUACUUGCAUCAUCGUAGAUAAUGCGUAUAAGCACGAUGAAUUGUUGUUACUGAUGUUGGUUCCGUAUUUCCUUACAACCGGCGAAGUGAUAUAAGCCAAUCAUGGCUACUGUUAAAGUAACCGAGCAGAAAGUUAUUCUGUGCGGGGAAUACGGAGUCGGAAAGACAUCUAUAUUUAGACGUUUUGCGAACAAUACUUUUGUAGCGAGUAGUGAUCGAAAAUCUACGCUGGGCCUCGAUAAUAUUGACAAAGAGUACGUCGUUGAAGACAGACGAAUACGGUUGCAAUUAUGGGAUACUGGUGGUAUGGAAAGAGUUGCAUCUGUAACAUCAAGUUACUAUAAAUUUGCGGAAGCUGCAAUUUUAGUGUUUGCAUUAGAUAACUCUACAUCAUUCCACCUUUUGUCUCAACACUUGUUAGAUAUUGUAACAUAUGCUGAGAAUGCAAAGAUAUUUCUUUGUGGAAAUAAAAGUGAUUUGGAAAGUGUUGCACCACAGGUUACAGAUGCAGAAGUGGAUCAAUUCUGUGAACAAUGUCACAACUUAAUAUCUGGUAUAUAUAAGACAUCAUGUAAAACUGGAGAAGGAAUACAUGAAAUGUUUGAAGACAUAGCUCAACACUUAGUUGAAGCUAAUAGAUCACGUAUGGAAUUGCAUGAUUUGGAUAAAGACAGAUUUAAAAUUUCAUACAUGGAUGAAGCUGCUGAUCCGUCUUGCUUAUGUUAAGCAAUGGGUAUUGAAAGAUAUUUGACAACAAUGUUUUUAUAUUGUGACAAACUUAACACACAGCAAUAAGGUGUGAGUAAGGAUAUCCUUUUUGUAUCAAGUAAUUCUUAAGGAUGACUUUUCUAUGAGGGAAAGUAUCAUGAAUUAUAAGGUGAGGAAAGAGAGGAAGUACUAAUAUGGAAUUUAUAUACAUUUAUGAAGAAUUCUAGACUUUUCAUAAGUAAUGGAUUUUAAAUAAAAAUUUAUUACACAGCGAAAAGUAAUUUACUUAAAUAGUCGCGAUCUAUUCGUGACUUACGAUCGGUAUCAUUAUACACUUAAUCCACAUUAUCUACAUAAACUGAUAAUCGAGAUAAUGUGAACAAAAGCCACUAGUGCUGAGACCAUUUAAUUGUUUUCAAAUCAAUUCCCUCUUGAACCAUUUCCCAUAAUGGACUGCAAGAAAAGCAAUUCAGAUAAGCAUUACUACUUAAGUACAACGCUUAAUAUUAAUACUCGAUGCUGAAUCAUAGCAAACGUCCGAAAUUGAAUCUGUUCCCUCCGUUUAAUGUGACUAUCGUGCAUUUUUCAUUCACGGCCAAAUAUACAUAAAUAAAAUAAGAUAAUCCUGCUUUGAAUAAAUACUCAUAUUGUAACUUAGCCAAACGUACCUCAUUUCCCGAAGCCUUUUAACAUGGCGGAUCGUAUUCUCCGCAGUGAAGUCAACCUCUUCGAUCGUCGUGAAGCGACCGAUACCGAAUCUAUAUCAACGAAUAAAAUAAAUGCUAGAACAUUAUGUAAACAUUAAUUAAUAUUACGCGGCUAGUGUAACUUGCCUAAUACUGGAAUGUGCCAGAUCUUCGGAUGCUCCGAUUGCUCUCAAUACGUAACUAGGCUCCAAACUAGCGCUAGUACAAGCGGAACCACUACUCAAGGCAACAUCUUUUAAUGCCAUUAAUAAAGAUUCACCCUCUACAUAUGCAAAGGAUAAAUUAACACAUCCAGGAUACCAAGCAACUUCGUCCCCAUUACGUAUAACAUGUGGUAAAUUUGACAGUAUAUUUUUAAUUAAACGAUUUGAGAGCAUUGUGAUAUAUUUGUGAUCAUACUGAAAAUAUACAAAAUUUUGAAUCUA